AAAUCUCUCUUCUUAUUAUUCUAAACAUAUUGCUCUCCUUACACCCUACAACCCACUUCAACAAUUCCAAACCCUACCUCCUCCGUACAUUCUCUCUCUAACUCUCUUCCCCUAGCUAGCUAGUUAGCUUAUUAGUUACCUUCCAAACAUGGUCUCAAAUCUUGAGUUCUUCAUCUCCACCAAAACCCUAAUUUCUCUCUAUAGUUUAUAAGAACAAAUCAAACCCUUUCUAAUCUUUCAGUCUUUUUUUUAUUAAAGUUUGAAUCUUUUCAUUUGAUCUUGAUCAGUUCUUGAUUGUGAACACCAAUUCUCUCCAAGAAAAUGGAACCGAUGGAAAUGGUAUCCACCGGCCGUGUUUGCUACCUUCAUUGCAACUUCUGCAACACCAUGUUAGCGGUUAGUGUACCGUACAGCAGCAGGAUGGUGACAAUAGCAACCGUUAGAUGCGGGCAUUGUGGAAAUUUACUGUCUGUUAAUAUGGGUGCUUUGCUUCUUCAAACUCAUGUGGAUCAUCUGUUGCUGCAGCAGCAGAUGGGCAGCAAUAAUAAUAAUAAUAAUGAAUCUAGUUCUUCAAAAUGCAAUAGCAAGGAUGAUGAGUCGACUUCUCAAAUUAUUGAACCACCUCCUCGGAUGCCUCCAAUUCCUCCUCCCGAAAAAAGACAACGAGUCCCUUCUGCGUAUAACCGUUUUAUCAAGGCAGAGAUUCAAAGGAUAAAAGCUAGUAAGCCUGAAAUUAGCCAUCGUGAAGCUUUUAGUGCCGCAGCCAAAAAUUGGGCACAUUUUCCUAAUAUCCAGUUUGAAUUAAAGCUGGCCAAAAGAGACCAUUCAAAGGGUGUUGUUGCAGAAUCUCAUCAGAUCAUUCACAGGUCUAAUGGUUUCUAUUGAGAUCAUUAAUAUCAUCUGUCUAUUGUCUGUCUAUGCAUGUGAUAAACCAAACAAGACUUAUGAUCAGAAUUCUAAUUUAUUUCUCAUAAAGGAAGGACCAAACAGGACUUAUUAUGAUCUAUAAUUCUAAUAAUUAUAAGGCAUGUUCAUUCAUGUCUUCAAUAUAUAUAUUGGUAUAUUUGUUU